GAAGUCUGCCUUGUUAUGUUCUAAGUAGUGCACGUAUCUAGUCAGUAAGAAGCCAUGUGGAGGGCUAGUUGUCGUGAACGUUGACGCGUCUCGGCGACGUCAUGACGUCGGGGGCUCCGACUCCGCCAUGUUGUAGGAAAUCUCAGAGAUAAGCGUUUUUAAUCUGAACGGAGCUGAACGGAGCUGGGAGGGACGAGUCAGUGCUAUAGGCACACGGUCAGCGCAGAGUGGGAGGGUGUCUCUGGACCCUCUGUUUAUUGACCCUCACCGUGUAGGUGUGAGAAACAUUAACCCGGCGCUGAAGAGAGACUGAGAGAAGAGUUUGUGCGCGAGUUUCACAUUCUGACUGGAAAAAAGUGGAAAAUCGGAUUAACGUUCAAGACCGCGUACCGAGCCUAAUAAUCUCGGUGCUCAUUAUACACAGAGAGCUGAAGCUGGAGUUUAACAUCAUAUAACUCUGCUCUUUUUUAAACCGCAUUAAUGACAUCUGAGGGAAAAACCCGGCUUUCAGAGACAUUAGUUUUCCCGCGAAAAAACAGCUGGUUACUAUAGCAAUUAGGUUCCGAAUUAAUCUGUCGAGUAAUUACAAUGUUCCUGAUACCUGCAUUCUGGACUUGGUCGCUUUGCUGACUAAAUAUUUGUUUUAUUAUUAUUAUUUAAUUAUUAUUAUUAUUUUUUUUUUAUCAAACUUUUUUGGGGACAAUCGAAGCAAAGGGAACAUCUGGAUAACAGCUCACUCUUCACAUCACUACGUGGGAAAAUUAAUUCGUGUAAUUAUCUAAAUCUCAAGAAAAUACAAGCGAUCAAAGUGAAGAUGUCGACCAAAGAACCGAAAGAAAAACAGUCGACCACUGAACGUAUCAUUAAAAGCGUGCCCCUUCCGCCUCACCAGCGGCUCAGCAUGAAAGAGCUGUUUGUGGGCGGUAAACCCAACGUGGAGUUGCUGAAGAGCCACUUGGUGAAGGAGGGCCGUGUAGAGGAAGAAGUUGCCUUGCGCAUCAUUAACGAGGGUGCCAGCAUCCUGCGCCAGGAGAAGUGCAUGCUCGAGGUGGAGGCGCCCAUCACCGUAUGUGGUGAUGUCCACGGGCAGUUCUUUGACCUCAUGAAGCUUUUCGAGGUGGGAGGAUCACCUGACAACACGCGCUACCUCUUCCUCGGUGACUACGUUGACAGAGGUUACUUCAGCAUUGAGUGUGUGCUUUUCCUGUGGGCGCUGAAGAUCAACCACCCAACCACUCUCUUCCUGCUCAGAGGCAACCACGAGUGCCGGCAUCUCACAGAGUACUUCACCUUCAAACAGGAGUGUAAAAUCAAAUACUCCGAGUGCGUGUACGACGCAUGCAUGGAAGCGUUUGACUGUUUGCCCCUCGCCGCUCUCCUUAACCAGCAGUUCCUCUGCGUUCACGGAGGCCUUUCGCCCGAAAUCAACUGCUUAGACGACAUCAGGAAAUUAGACAGGUUUAAGGAGCCGCCAGCGUUCGGGCCGAUGUGCGAUCUCAUCUGGGCCGAUCCGGGCGAGGAUUACGGCAGUGAAAAGACGUCUGAGCACUUUAACCACAACUCUGUGCGAGGCUGCUCGUACUUCUUCAGUUAUCCUGCUGUCUGUGACUUUUUGGCAAACAACAAUCUGCUGUCAGUGAUAAGAGCACAUGAAGCCCAGGAUGCAGGGUACAGGAUGUACAGGAAAAGCCAGACGACUGGCUUCCCCUCGUUAAUCACCAUUUUCUCUGCUCCUAAUUACCUCGACGUGUACAACAACAAAGCUGCUGUGUUGAAGUACGAAAACAACGUCAUGAACAUCCGGCAGUUUAACUGCUCUCCCCAUCCGUACUGGCUGCCCAACUUCAUGGAUGUUUUCACGUGGUCGCUGCCCUUUGUUGGUGAGAAAGUGACUGAGAUGCUGGUUAACGUGCUGAACAUCUGCUCGGACGACGAGCUCAUGUCCGAGGGAGACGACCUGUGUGAAGGUGGUGCACCAGCAGCUCGUAAGGAGGUGAUCAGAAAUAAAAUCCGUGCCAUCGGCAAGAUGGCCAGAGUUUUCUCUGUGCUCAGAGAGGAAAGCGAGAGCGUUCUGACCCUUAAAGGGCUGACACCAACUGGAACAUUACCUCUGGGAGUGCUGUCUGGAGGCAAACAGACCUUACAGAACGCCACGCUGCUGGCGAAGGAGGGCAAAGCCAUUCAAGGUUUCUCCCCAACACGGAAGAUCCGCAACUUCGAGGAGGCGCGUGGCUUGGACCGGAUAAAUGAACGCAUGCCACCGCGAAAGGACGGCCAACGCGCUCUGGGAACGACCGUGACAGAGAAAAAUGGCACGGAUGGGACGGUGUAGGGAAAUCCGCCCUUCUCUUCCUCCUCCACCUCCAUUGCAGUGUUUGAUCUCUCUCUGAUAAGCUCUACGGAAACUCCUACGUUAAUGGAGAACCGAGGACCCGUGAGACUCAAGCGGGAGAAAAAGAGAGAGGGAGGAAGGAUGAAUCACUCACCACUAAUGAGAUUGUAUUUGUUAAAAAAUUUUAUUGAAUAUUAGAUGUAUGUGCUAGCAGUGUUUCCGUAGAUGGGUCUUCGAGACGCUCCGGACCUCUUUCUGGUUUCCCCAUCAGACGCCAUACGAUUAUGUGUCGUCUGUUAACCCCGUCGGUUCUCACCUUGUUGCGUAUAAGAAUGGUGAGAAGAUAAUUUCGAUCAGAAGAAGAUUCUGUCUUUUCUGCUUUUCUGAUGUCUUAUGUUUACGGUCGGGUUGCUUGGCAAGGGGUCACAUGAUUCCAGGCAAUUCUUUAAAUCAUUACAUGUGGUUCUGCUUGUUUAAAGCUGUAACGAAAUGUUCCAAAUUCCCAGUUUUAUUAGGAAUUCUAACCCAUGCCGGAGGCCAUAAGAGCUGAUUAAAGAGUAGUGAAUUAAUUUAAGAUUGCUAUGUUCCACCAAAAGCUUUUAAUUAACAGCUCCGUUUUUCAUUAUUAAUAUAUUUAACUGCCAGUGGCUGAACUUUUUUCCACGUAUCAAAGGAAGAAUAAUGCCCUCCAAAACCAAAGACUGUCAGGAAGACGGGAUGUUUGGAUGGCUUUGUUUCUGCGUCUUGGUUGUAGCUUCUUAGCCAAAUGGACUGUGCUAAACGCUGAGGCAUUCCCUUUAGAGACGUAUAGAGAAUCAAAAAAAUCCAAUCGAAACAUCCCUAGAGCCAAAACCCUUGAAAUCCUUAAAGUGUUUUUUGUGCGAGAAGUGAGGAUGUCCUGGGAAUCAGCGCUUUAUUAUAACACGUGUGUAUGUGUGUGUGUGUGUUGUGUGUGUGUGUGUGUAUGGUAAACUUUCUCAACUUGGGUCUUUAACACUACACAAAGCUUGUAGUGUUAAGCCGAGCACCAUCUCUCUUAAAUACUGACUCUUGAGGAGAAAUUUGCAUUACGAUUUUCUACAGUUUGUUGAUUGCAAAAAUUUAGUAAAAAAGAAAAAACAAACAAAAAAAACAGAAAAGAAAGAGGAAUCGAAAAAAAAAAAAAAGAUCACUGAGAGCGUUGAGUUCCACCUCUUUUUGAGACACUUGUCAAAUUCUCUACUUAAAUUACUUUGAUGGUACUGUAUCUUCAAAAUUUCACGUGGUGAUCGCUGCUGUUGUGCUGUAUUAGAGUCUGUUCUUUUGCCGUGUUAUUGGAUAGAAGCAGGAGCACAUCCCAUCAGCACACUAUACCUCCUCACUCCAGAGUGGCUGAUGGGGGAAACAUUCAUACAAGCUUUGAUUUGUCGAUAUUUGGACUUUGAUUUUAAGUAUUUUGUCUUUUAGAGUUGGCUCGUUGACUUGGACUGAAAAUGCUGUGUACCUCCUGUGUCUGCGCGAGGGAGUCAACAAAUGAUUUGAUCCGUGUCAGUUUUAUUUGGGGCUUGAAAUCCUGCGAUUAAUGUUUUUACCCUGAGAAAGCUCACUUCAUUUUUUUUCUAUAACACUGGACCGUGUCCCAAAAGCAUUUUACUGAAAUCUAUGGGCCUUUUUACACCUGGUCACUUCAUGUGGUUUCUCUGAUCCGAUAGCUAUCUGAUUUGUUAAAACUGUUCCAUUUACAUUAGGCCACAUAAAUGCGUUUUGGCGAAUCGGAUAACAAUCCGAUCUUUUUACUUCCGCCCAAAAUGCAAAUAUAUUUUAUCUUUCCGGGGUAAUUGAAAUGGAACACGCUUUGGUGUAUGCGGUUUUCAGAAUGCAAUCAAAAAGAAGACGAAAAAACUUGUUACGAUGGUUAUGCUACAAAAAACCAACCCUGUGUGUCCUCCAUGUUAUUUGUUUCUGGCGUGAUGCAUGACUCGUGAGUCACUUGUGAGUGACGUACUUCCAUUUGGGAGGAGUAUAGCGCUGAUGUAUGUGGCUUGAACAACCAUAUUCAUUGACACCUGUCCAGUUUCUUCUGAAAUGCGUCCCAGACCACCUCCUGAAGUGGUUUGAACGAUCGGAUUUAUAUCCGUCUCAAAAACGUUCCGGAGGGCAUUUACACCUGGUCUUUUUACGAUCGGAUAGCUAUCCGAUCACAGAAAACGCAUGAAGUGACCAAGUAUAAAAAGCCCGUAUAGUUGUAUACAAUAAAGACAGACUUAAAAAUCUCUUACAUUCAACACCAUUUCAGAACAUUCUUUUGGCCAUGGUUGUUCUAUUCAAUGGUGUAAAUUAGAUGCUUAGUUAAGUUUAGCUAACGUUUAGUUAAUUAUCUUAGCUACCUUUUUUUGCCUCUUCAAUCCAGGCAAACCAAUAAAAAGGUAUGGGGAUGUUAGCACACUGCUAGUUGUGGACAAAUCCUUCAUUCAUCAGGCUCCAGUCAAACAUUUAGACGCUUUUGAUUAAGUGUAGAUUUCUGAUUGUCUUCAAGGUUUAGGUUCAGGUCGAAGCUGAGUCUGUCGUUACUGCCUGCAUAAUGAAUUCAUUUCCAAAAAACAAACUGCACUAGAUAUAAUAAGAAUGUAUUUGUUUACCUGAAACUAGUAGCAGUGAGAAGCUUGGGUUUUAAAUAUUUCUGAUCCUCUUGAUGCUGGCUGAGAUGAUGCCAAGAGUGUGCAGUAUCAGGAAUAUUGUUUAAAAAAAAUUAAAGUAGGAAGAGCUUUGAUUUGUCUCCAAACUUUGUCGUUUGAUAGUGUCCAUUUCUGCGCCACUAUUACGAAAAAUAGCACAAAUUAUGCCUAAGCGUGUACAAAAUUUUGAGCGGUAGCACCCUCAUUUGAUCGAACGCACUCGAUUCUCAACAGACAUGCGUUACAACAGCUCCAGGUUUUAAUUGGAGCUUCUCAUCAACAUGGAACAAAAAAGGAAACAGAUGAGUGAAUUCAAGUGCAGUACCUCAGGGUUCACAUUGUGGCCCUUUAAACAUUCCGGGUUUUUACCCCAUUCAUAUGAGAUGGCCGUGCCUCUCUGGGACUGAGUGCAUUUCCUUUUUUGCUUCCAAAUCACUGUCAUACAAAGGAAACUAUUUACCUGAAUAAAUCCUGAAUUAAAGUGUCUCAGUGGUCCUGGUUCUGCUCGUGAUUUGUGCAAUGUGUAGGAUUUAGUUCUGUUUUUGAAGACAAGUCAGAGAAAUACAGGCAUGGUAUUAAGGACAUUUUGCACACUACGACCAAGUCUUUAAUUUAAAAAAUAAAUAAAUAAUAAAAAUUUAAGGAUGAGCGAAUCCUACAGUCUAAUACUUGUAAUGUGAAGCCACCAGUUAAUUCUUGAUUUAAUGUAGAUGUUUUACUUAAGAAAAUAAAAUGAAAUAAAAUGAA